ACACCACGCCUAGUGUGGGACGCACCACACUGCCUGACAUCAGUAAACUAAUGAGACUGUUUGUUUGUGUCUCAUCACGCACUUAAAAAGCUUCUGAUUCAUCCUGGGACAGGAAAUAAUCAGUGAAUUAGCAUGUCAAGAGGAGAAAUCAUCGUUCUUUUUCUGUCUUUACUGCUUGAGUCUUCGUUGGCUCAAAACAAACAAUGCGACAAGGAGACAGACUGCCCCAAAGAAAACCAGGAUGUUUUUAGUUCAUCUGUGAGUGAAAUUCCACACACACUAAAACCAGGUGUGACGGAGGUUUUCUUUGUGGAUAGCCAGCUUGAAACAAUCCCCAAAGCAGCCUUUAUUAACAGCCCCCAGCUUGAAAAGGUGGAGUUCAUGAACACCCACACGUCAUCUAUUGAGCCGGGAGCUUUUGAAGGUUUGGCAUCCCUCAAGCAAGUUGAGAUCUCUGGCACUCCACUAACUUCACUUCCAGUGGAACUCUUUAAAGGCCUCAGCAACCUGGAGAAGAUUAUACUAAAGUUUAACCAGCUUCGCAGUUUGGAGAAAGGCUUGUUUGAUGGCCUUAGAAAAGUAAGUGAGAUUCAGUUACAUGGGAACAAGAUCAAUUCGAUUGAAAAUGGGACGUUUGAUGGUCUUGAGAACCUACAGGUACUCCAUUUAGGUAAAAAUAAUCUCUCGGAUGUAUCUGCUGAUUGGUUCUCAAACCUAAACAAACUGCAAGUACUACGUCUUUAUGAAAACCAGCUGACCACUGUUCCUGAAGAGAUUUUUCAGAAUUUACCAAACUUGAAGGAAAUUGCUUUGAAAGGAAACAGAAUAGCAGAAUUACCACCAAAUCUAUUUCCACACAAAGACAAACUAAUUAAGAUCUCUUUGGACAGUAACCUUCUGACUAGUUUACCUCAAGACUUUUUUGUUGGCUUCCCUCAGCUAAACACUCUGACCCUAUUUGGGAAUAAACUGACAAGUCUACCACCAGUGCUUUUUGGAGAAAUGCCCAAACUGACUGAUUUAAGCCUCAGUCAAAAUAAUCUUAGCACUCUUCCUAAGGGAAUAUUCAGCCCCCUGAAGAAGAUGAAGAAGUUAGAUCUGUCUAAAAAUCACUUUGUCACUUUGUCUGCUGAAUACUUUGAAGGCACAGAGAAGCUCACAGACCUGAAUCUACAGAACAACAAGAUAAGGUCUCUGGAUGCAGAUGUGUUUGAAAAGCUACAGUCACUGACCACACUAAAGCUAGCUCACAACAACCUCCAGACGUUACCUGAUGAUAUUUUUGAGCCUUUAACAGGUCUCAGAAAACUUUACCUCAGUGACAACCCUUGGAAGUGUGACUGUAAUCUGAUUUCUUUUCACCUCUGGAUAAAAGCAAACUCCAACAAGAUUAAGACCCCUGUGGUCUGUGAGUAUCCAGAAAAUCUAAAAGGGCAGGAAAUCCAAUUCUUAACAGAAGAUCAAUUUAUUUGCCCCACCCCUCCCUCCACAACUGCUCUCUUAACCACCACCAUCACAACAACUAUCACAACACUUCCAACUACGACACUACCAACUACACAACUAGCAACCACAAUACUUACUACCACAACACCUCUUCCCACAACACCAGCCACCACAACUCCCACACCCACAACUAUACUCCCAACCACAGAACUAAUCACUACCACAACACCAACAACCACACUGCCAACUACAGCUAUACCAAGUACAGUUAUCUCUACCACACCACUAGCCACAACCACAACAGUACCAACAAGCGCACCAACAACCACUAUAACAACAACUGAACCUACAACUACUAUAACAACAACUGCAGCUACAACCACUAUAACAACAACUGCACCUACAACUACAACUACUAUAGCAACAACUGAACCCACAACCACUAUAACAACAACUGCACCCACAACUACUAUAGCAACAACUGCACCCACAACCACUAUAACAACAACUGCACCCACAACUACUAUAGCAACAACUGCACCCACAACCACUAUAACAACUGCACCCACAACUACUAUAGCAACAACUGCACCCACAACCACUAUAACAACAACUGUACCCACAACUACCAUAGCAACAACUACACCCACAACCACUAUAACAACAACUACACCCACAACCACUAUAGAAACAACUGCACCCACAACCACUAUGACAACAUCUCCACCCAUUACUACCACAACAACUCCCUCCACAACCACCUUAACAACAACUAUACCCACUACCACAACCGCCAUGACCACAACUACACCUACAACAGCUAUGCCCACAACCACCCCUGUCCAGACAACCACCACCAAAACAAUGACACCUCCUCCACCAACCACUCCAGUGAUCUUCACCUGUCCAGUGGAACCAGCCUCUCAGGAACCAUCACCUUCCUUCACAUAUCAACAUGGAAGCAAAGUUCAGAAGUGCAAGAGUCAGAUGAUGAUUUACACAACACUGCUGCUGGUGGAGAUCACUUGCACACUCGUGCUCGCUAAGUUCACCCUGUCUCUUUACCGCCUGCUGCAGUCCAGAGAGAGGAUAUACCACAGGAUCAAACUCACCCACUUCUCCUACAGACGAGAGGUCAUCAUGAGACCUCUACGAGAGGCAGAGACUUAUGGAUUUUAAACAACAACAGCACUUUAGAGAAAGUUCACUAGUUUGAUCACCAUGAUGGUCUGUGAGCCAGCAGCAGUUAUAACACCUGCCAAAGCACCCUUAAACCCACUAUAACAGAUUGAUGUAUUAUCACCUUAUAAAAUUGAAAUACCUCUUUAGCUGAUGAUCACAUGUAUCAAAGUGUAUAUGCCCAGUGGAUAUAUCUCACACUGAACAUUUACUUUUUUGCUAUAAAAGAAUUUUUUAAAAUACAUAUUUAUUUUAAAAAAGCAUAACAAUCAUGAUUUAUUGUAUUAACAUUAACAUAACAUAACAUAACAUAACAUAACAUAACAUUGUCAACAUAAUGCCUUUAUCUACAAUGAUUAAAACCUACAAUGUUACAAAACUUCUGUGGGAAAUCUGCUUUUUUGUCAUAAAUGAAAUUCAGGGA